AGCUGUAAAAUUAUAACAUGUCCGACUCACAAGACUCACCCGCUCUCGCAUUACCGCCCUUCGAUCAUGUGAAGGCAGACGUGAUCCUGCGGUCAUCUGAUGGCGUAGACUUCCGCGUCUUCAGGCUCUUCCUUUCCCUCGCAUCACCCUUCUUCGAGACGCUCUUCGAUCUUCCCCAACCAUCUGAGGAGACUAACACCGACAUGGAGAUCAAAGACGGACUCCCCGUUAUUCCUGUCUCAGAGGACAGCAAAACGCUAGAUUCACUCCUCCGCUUCUGCUACCCCUGCACCCUGGCGGAGGACCCUGUGCUCGAGGAUUUCAGAGAGAUCAUUUAUGUUCUCGACGCAGCGAAAAAGUAUUCCCUUGAUGCCAUCCAGCAGGCGGUGCGCAAAUCUCUUUUCAUUCCAAAAAUGUUGGAAACGAAUUCGCUCCGCUGCUUCGCAGUCGCCUGCCGCACCUGACGAAUGGUACUGCUAGUGAGGUGAGCGACUCGCGCUCAUAGACUUUACUUUACUUUUUCGGUAGCAUACACGCCCUCACUGCGCGGCCCUGGGAGUUUUUUUUCGUCCUUUCGUUGAAUCUCCC